CUGGCAAACGGUCGCCGCCGACGUCGUUUCUUUCAAAGUCCUUGCGAGUGUUUUUCUUAUAAAAUAAAUCGUUCCAUGCUAAAGUUUGUUUUAAUUUAUCUAUUAUUGUGUGGAAAAAUAAUGGAUUUUUUGGUGGAUUAAGUGGUUUUUUAUUAGAUCUAAUAUAAAUUUGGUGAGGAGAUGGAGGAGGUGUUAUUAAGGCAUUUGAACCGUUGAAGUGUAACUAUGAAUAGUAUAAACUUCGUAACCUCGAGGGUGGUCAAUGCCUGGCCGAUUGAAAACUCGACAAAGGACUUCAAUCUCAAAGAGGAAUUCCGAAAUUCAACGAUAGACGAUGAUGCCGAUGUGUUUAUUGAAGAUGAAUACAUUUUUGAUAGAACCGAUGUUAGAGCGAUAUUUAUUACUCUAUAUACUAUUGUGUUUUGCUGCUGUUUUUUCGGGAACCUACUUGUUAUUCUUGUCGUGACUUUGUCAAGACGUUUGAGGUCAAUAACAAACUUCUUCUUGGCGAAUCUGGCUGUAGCAGAUCUGUGCGUUGGGGUUUUCUGCGUCUUUCAAAAUUUGACUAUAUACUUAAUACCAAGCUGGGUUUUUGGAGAUUUUUUAUGCAAGAUGUACCAAUUCGUGCACUCUCUGAGUUACACUGCGUCUAUAUUCAUCCUCGUCGUAAUCUGCACGGAGAGAUAUUUCGCUAUCAUUCAUCCAAUUACUUGCAAGCAAAUUCUAACCUCAACUAGGUUAAGGCUGGUGAUACUAGGUGUAUGGAUAACCAGUGCAGCGUAUAGCGCUCCUAAAUUCAUUUGGGUGGAGACAAUAACGAACAACCUGGGUGAUGGCCACACUGAGACCAUUUGUAUACAACACCGCAUGAAGUACAACUCAGAGAUCUUCGAUAUGGUCAACUUUGUGUUACUGUACGUGAUUCCAUUGUGCAUUAUGACAGUUUUAUAUACGAGGAUCGCAGUGGGCUUGUGGCAGAGUUCGCAUGGCCUGCAACAGAUGGGACACACGCAGUGCUGCGGCGCUCAGAAGAACGUAUCAGCUACAAAUAAAGGCGGAAGUUCUAAGAAGACUUCACAAAACCAAGAAGGUCGUAACUGUUACCAUUUGAGUCAUCUAUCACGGAACGUACUGCGCGCGCGCCGCGGUGUUGUCAGAAUGCUGAUAGUGGUUGUCCUCACAUUUGCCGUCUGCAACCUGCCCUUCCACGCCCGCAAGAUGUGGCAGUACUGGUCCAGUGGCUACCAAGGCACCAGCGAUUUCAGCGCACUUCUCACCCCAUUGACAUUUCUGAUCACAUACUUUAACUCAGGAAUCAAUCCCUUGCUCUACGCAUUUCUAUCUAAGAACUUCAGAAAAGGUAUGAGGGAGUUACUCUUUUGUAAGUUUAAUGGUAAAAGGAAAAGUGACAAUUUGAUUUUGCUAAAUCGUGUCGGUGGAACUGGGCUAAGGCGCAGUUCCACUAGGUCGACCCGUGCUAACUGCAGCACGGUCACAGUAGCGCCGAAUGCGGACUCAUGAGAAAUGCGUCGGAGGAGGUUCCUCUAUAAAGUGGAAAAUAUAGACAUUUCCUGAUUAACGGAGAGCACUGACGAAGUGACCGACAGUAGUGGUGUGUGCACCUCUGUGGUGUCCAAAAAGGACCUGUACGAUUGAGUGUUAUGUAGUGUGAGUUACUUGAUGUGAAUUUUUAUAA